UUGAGAUGUAUUGAAUAAUAUUAACUAUGUUUGUUAGGGAGCCUGAUUACUCUUUUUCUAAUCAGAUAGUUCACAAUCGUUGUAUUCAUCUGAGUUUUUGUCUCUGAGAGGGAGUUCACAGACUGAGUGAACUGAGGUGAAUGGGCUAUCUUCCAUCCUCCUGAUGUAUUCGCAAUGUGUUAGGAAGUCUCCUUUGUUAUAAACACAGUCAACGUUUCUGGUGUCGUAAUGUUUGAGGAGAUCUUUUAUAUUUCUUAACAGCUCGUUCCUGAUCUCAACUAAUUUCUUCAUUAAUCUACAAUUUCGUUUGAGGAUUAUGAGCUGUUCAGGGUAAUGUUUCCGCCAGUAUUCCAUAGCAUUGUUUGAGAAAUUUAGGAGGAGAAGUGCUUUGUCUGGAGUCAAAUCUUUCAGUCGUUCCAUUUUGCAGCUUAUUUUUCUUGAUCUUUUAAGUUUUGGUAUAAGUUGUCAAAUUUUAAUUCUAUUUAAAACCUGCUACAUAGCAGCGGCUUUCUUUGGAGACUCCGUAAUUUAGGAUAUCACGGAAGGCUUUAUUUGAUCAGAUUGAUCCUGUUCUUUGAGAAGUCCAUCACAUUACGGUCUGCUUGGGUCAUUUGGGAAAAUCUAACACUGGUAGGGUCGUCGGCCAUCAUCUUAGGAAUCUUGUGGUAAACAUACUCCUCAUCAAAGUCAAUCUUUUGCUUCAGAUUUUCAGUCUGUGUAGCUCAGUACUUGCACUCUUGUCUUGCACUAGAGAGCCUUUCAUUCUGCUUUUUGAGUGCGAAGUUUUGUUCCUGUAAUUGCUGAAUUUUGGUCUCCAUUUCUUUGAUGUAUUCUUUAUUUGCGUUCACGAUACUCUUUGGCUUUCAGUCUGAGAUCUUUCUUUUCACGUUUUUUUAGUUUGGAUUUGGACGAGACUGAGGAACCGGAAAGGCCAUGAGUGUCAUUUGAGAUUACUUCCAUCUU